AUGGAGGAUGGAACAGAGCAGACGAAUUCCGCAGUUGGUGAUUGGCAUUCGAUUCAAGUGAGUUCAGAUCAAGCAGAUGUAGACGUUGAUGGAUCUUCAUCAAUUCCAGUUGAUCAAGAUUUGGUUGGGUUGGUAGUAAGUAAUGCUGAUGAGGCUUUUGAGUUGUAUAACAAUUAUGCAUAUAGACUUGGUUUUAGUGUGAGGAAAGGUCAUCAACGGUACAAAGGAUCUACUAACACAAUUCAAAUGAAGAACUUUUGUUGUUCUAAGGCUGGUUAUAAGGCAAACAGUGGGGUUAAGGCUUAUUCCAAAAUUGACACAAGGACAGGGUGUGGAGCGUUUGUUCAGUUUGGCGUGGGUGAUGAUGGGUUGUGGACAGUUACAAAACACGAGAAAGUGCACAAUCACGAGUUAUGUGUGUUCAACAAGAGUCAUCUACUUCGUUCACAUAGGAGUGUCGGAGAUAAUCAGCUCUUAUAUUUACAUGGUUUGAAGGACAGUGGAGUUGCACUGGCAGAUGGUAUUAGGUUCCUAAAACACCAAUCAGGGGGGUCCCCAUUAGUUGGUUUCACCAAUAGAGAUGCUUAUAAUUCAAUGGCGGCGGAUACAGUCAAGCGAUUGGAUGGAACGGAUUCUAACUCUUUAAUUGAAAUUUUUAGGAGGAGGCAAUCUACCGAGACUGAUUUUUUCUUUGAUUUUGAACUUGAUUUGGAUGCAAGAUUGUGCAGGAUGAAUCACCAUUGCAUGAAUGUAAUGUUUGGAUGCGGGAUUUUUAUGAACGGGAGGAUAGAAUCGUUUGUGUGGUUGUUUAAAGCGUUUUUAAGAUCUAUGGGUGGCAAGUGUCCACAGACUAUUAUGACAGAUCAAUGUGCAGCUAUGGCUGCUGCUAUAUCUAAAGUGUUUCCAAAAUCACGUCACCGUCUUUGCAUAUGGCAUAUUGAGACCGAAGCUGAAUUUCAAUUCUAUUGGACAAGGUUGGUGACUGACUAUAAAUGCCACAAGAAUACUUGGUUAGAAAAGCUAUAUGACUGUAGGGAGAAGUGGUGUCCAGCAUUUAAUAAGGACUAUUUUUCUGGGGGCAUUUUGUCGUCACAAAGGAGUGAAACUACAAAUCACUCGAUUUCUAGAAGGUUGUCCAAGACAGCAAAUCUUUGUGAUUUCUAUUCAUCGUUUGUAAGCGUAAUUUCUGAAUGGAGAAGUAAAGGAGAAUGUAUCCCUGACAAAUAUAUCCUUAAAAGAUGGACUAAAACGGUUAUUGAUGGUAGGAAUGUCAACAUUGAUUCUAUGGUUUAUAAUGUUGGUGUCCCUCCAUCAAUUUGGGUGUUCGAUAUUAGUAGGAAAUUUCAAAGAUUAGUUGUUUCUAGUCAAGAUAGUAGUGUAGCUAGGAAACUGUGUGACGAAGCUGUUGAUGAUGUUAAGAAAAAAGUUGAAGCCGAGAUUGGGCAUGUGCAUAUUGAACCAGAGAUUGAAAGUGAGCGUAAUAAAAGGAGGAGUGAUGUUAUUGAAAAGAAGUACAGUCUUGCAAGGGGGAGAAGGAGUGCUACAAAUAAAGCUGCAUUGAGUACAAAGGGUGCUGUUCAGUCUUUGGUGUUGGACAACAUAUCCAAGCUUGCUGGGGAUGGGUACCUCGUACAUCCAAGUUCUUCGAGUUCAGAUUUUGUUCAGUUUAGUAAGGGUUUAGAUGACAACGUAGGUGUAGAUUGA